AUGGCGGGGACCGAGGAGAAGCAAGGAGAAGAGCUGCCCGUUCCUUCUUCUGACCGUCAGCACGACUUUUCCCAGGGGCACUUUGAGGGGCCCUACCUGCAGCUCCACCCUCCUCACCAAGAGGACGAAGAGGAGGAGAAAGAGGAUGAACUCAAGGAUUUGCGUCCCACAGAGUGUUUGGAAGGAAUGUUGGAUGAAGACACUGUGGCUGAGGGUCUCCACAAGCUGGGGCGCUCAGCACCUGGUACUGAAUACGUUUAUCUUAAUCUGUCACUUUCAGGUCGUGAGUUGAGCAACAUUAACAUUCUCUCCAGAUACGUCCACCUACAGAAGUUGGAACUUUCAUAUAAUAAAAUUAAUGAUCUUUCUUGUGUCAGUCAGAUGCCUUAUUUACUAGAACUGAAUGCUUCCAACAACGAAUUGACUACAUAUUUUGGUUUUAAGCCACCGAAAAAUCUCAAGGAAGUAGAUUUUUCGCACAAUCAAAUACCUAAAAUGCAAGAUUUGUCAGCAUGCCAGUCAUUAACUAAACUCUUGCUGGACUUUAAUAACAUAGAGGAGAUAAGAGGACUGGAAAGAUGUCAUAGUCUGACUCAUCUUAGUUUGUCACACAACAGACUCACUGCAAUCAGUGGCCUUGAGAACUUACCUAUCAAAAUACUCAAUCUGAGCUCUAACCUGCUUGAGAAGAUAACCGGCUUGGAUAGAUUGAAAACUCUAUGGAAGCUGGACCUUUCUAGCAAUAAAAUAGCUACUCUAGAAGGCUUGGAGGGACAUGAUUUACUAGAGGUGAUCAAUCUAGAGGAUAACAAGAUUGCUGAGCUGAGUGAACUUGAAAAUAUUCAAGAUCUGCCUCUCCUCAGGGCUUUAAAUCUUUUGAAAAAUCCUGUGCAGGAACAAACAGAUUAUUGGCUCUUGGUGAUUUUCAUGUUGCAACAACUAACAGAACUGGAUCUCAAGAAUAUUUCAGUGGAAGAAAAGGUUGGUGCUGUGAAUCAAUAUGAUCCUCCUCCAGAAGUUGUUGCUGCUAAAGAUCAUAUGACUCAGCUUAUGUAUAGCAUGCUGCAGCCCCAGCGAAUCUUUGACAGCACUCUCCCUAGUCUCGAUGCUCCCUACCCCAUGCUGGUAUUGGUUGGCCCUCUCGCCUGUGGGAAGAGAGAGCUUGCUCAUAGGAUCUGCAGACAGUUCAAUAAUUUCUUCAGAUAUGGUCCCUGUCACACCACCAGGGCAGCUUACUUUGGUGAAGAAAACAGACUUGAUUAUCAUUUUGUUUCUCAAGAAGCAUUUGACAAAAUGUUGAAAGCGGGGAAGUUUAUAGCAACCUAUAAAUACAGUGGCUAUUACUAUGGACUUGGAAGAGACACUGUGGAUUCAAUUGCCAGAGAGGGUCUUGCGACAUGUAUUCAUUUAGAACUGGAGGGUGUGCGUAGCUUGAAAACUACCUACUUUAAACCCAGGUAUAUCCUGGUGGUACCAAUGAACAAAGUAAAAUAUGAGGGACAUCUGCGAAGGACAGGAUUAUUCAGCAGGCCAGAGAUAGAAGAGGCAGUAUCCAGAGUGGACAUGUACCUCAGAACAAGUGAGGAUAUCCCAGGAUACUUUGAUGCGGUAAUCAGCACAGAUGAAUUGGAUGAGGCAUUUGCAGAGCUGAGUUUCCUGAUAAAGGCAUGCCUGGGUCUGGAGCCACCUGCAGUUUCUGAUAGCAGUCAAAACAUGAAUAGCAAAGCAGGAACAGGUUCAAGGGUACAUUUCUUGCAAGAGCAAAGAUUGUCACCCAGCAGAGGAGUGACUGGCAGUACUCAGUCUUCAACUAUCAAUGAAUUCUUGGACUCUUCUGCCAAAAAUUAUUCAGGAGAGACUUUAGACAAACUUACUGCACAACUGAGCGCUGUGGAAGAAGCUUCUCUCCGAAGACGUCAUGCUGCAGCACAUCAGGCUCUGUCAGGAAAGGCUCCUAGUGCGUAUGUCCAGCUGUUUCAAAGGGACCUUGGAAUCACUCCUGCACCAGGCAGCUCCCAGCAACAAUUAUUGGAGCCAACAACACAUAGUUCUCUGGUCUCAGGUGGAAAGAGUGUCACCCAAGACCACAGCUUCCCCCUGAUUAACACAGAAAGCAGAAAGAGUAAAAUUAAAAAAGCCAACAAGGGCUGCAAAGGAUUUGGUCCUGCUAGCAGACUAUUUCUAAACUCAACUGGUACACCUGCUGCUGAAGCUUUGCCCGUUCGGAGCCCUCUUCCCCCUGCUCAUCUUCCUGAAGCUGCCAAAGCUCAGCAUCAAGGUCCAAGGGGAGCUGAAAAUGGAGUGGACAGUUUGAAAGAGACUGAACUUCAUAGUGACAAUCUUCAGAGAAAAUACAGCAAAGCCAAGACUGGCUCUUCCCACGUGCCUCAGCUCACCAACUCCAAACCUGUCCUGCCUCCAAUCCCAUCUGGGCGAAAGGGCACCAAUGCUUGAUGGCCACGGCUAGGAAUCUUGGUCUCAAUCACACUGAAGCUUUCUGUCUAACAGCAGUACUGAAUUUGAUAGAAUUUCUCUUUGGCAAAGCAAAGUCUAUCAAAGAUUAUUUCUAAAUCCAUUUCUGAUUAA